CGAGCUAGCUGGGCGUAGCGCCGAGUAGAGAAGGAAGAUUCAAAUUUGAAUUUGAAUUUGAAAAAAUUUGAAGAUGACCGCAAACGUCAGGUCCAGCGCCAUCCAGGGCGGCAUUAAAGGACAUCGGCGAUGCGGCAGCAGCGGACUUCUGCUGGACCGGCUUGCAACCGUCCGCGAAACGCCCCUCGAUCUCCAGCGCGUCUUCCGCAGGUCAAGUGGCGGCAGCCUCCCCUUCCGCAAUUUGACCGCAAGCGGCAAUUACCUGCCCGCAAGCAGUAAUCACCGGCGGGUGCGCCCCGCGCUAAGCCGCAGCUACUCGCGGGGCGAAACUGGCGCCAGCGCCAAGGAGGAGACAGAUUCAAGCCGCGUGCGUCUGGUUUUCUGGCCGCAUGCGGGCCCCGGAGGGCGCCGCGAGUCUCAGUUCGAGUACGAGGUCAACAGGCGCAGCUCCGAGGACCUCAGUCGGGGAUUUCAAGACCUCUCGUACCAGUCUAUCAGCGUCCCGGACCUUAGCAGUGAUUCUGCAGUGCACAGUGAGCAAAGCGGCAAGUUUCUGCAGAGCCAGGAGUUCGACAACUCAGAGCAAGAGGUCCAGGAGAUGACGGAGAGGCUGUUUAAGGUCAUCAUCAUUGGGGACCCGACGGUAGGGAAGACGUCCUUCGUCCAGCGCUACGUCCAGGACUCCUUCAGGAGGGACUACAAGGGCACCGUCGGCGUCGACUUUGCCCUCAAGAUCCUCAAGUGGUCAGACUCAGAGACGGUCAAGUUACAGCUCUGGGAUAUUGCAGGUCAGGAGCGGUUCACGUGGAUGACCCGAGUAUACUACAAGGACGCCCAGGGGUGUAUCGUCAUGUUUGACCUCUCCAACCGCAACUCCUUCCUCAAUACACUCAAGUGGAAGAAGGAUGUCGACUCCAAGUGUACUCUUGAAGACGGGAGCCCCAUCCCUUGUAUGCUGCUAGCUAAUAAGUGUGACCUCCCACACAGGCAAGUUGAUCAGCUGGAGAUCGAGAAGCUCUACAAGGAACACAACUUCACCGGCUGGACUGAAACAUCUGCCAAGGAGGGACUCAUGGUCACUGAUUCCAUGAGGUUCCUGGUGGACGUGAUGAUGAAGCAGAACGACAGUCGAGAGGAAGACUCUUCUGAAUUGUCACUGCGACUGUCCUCUAUUGAACUGGAGAAGCCGAAGCCCUGCUACUGCUAACUGUCCACCUGCUACUCCUACUGCUGCCCCGGGUUCUGAGACGGGCGUUUAGCCACCGUCUCCCACUGAGCUCGUUCUGCCAGAAUUAUUGACGCAGGAGACAAGUUUCUUCGGGAUGCCUGCCCGCCAUGUUGCGUCCGCCACACAGCUGGGCUGGGAGUGGCGCCAAGCUGGACCCCUUCGACGAUGCGGUCAUGUUUAUAAAGACUCAGACAGAGGGGCUUCGAUCUCACACUCUCCCCUGUGCCUCUCUUGAACUCCAAGUGAUGUGUAGAACAUUCGAACUUGUUUAAAUUACAGUAAUGACUGGUUCCCUUGCACUACAGCCUAUGUCAGGCCUUGAAGAGGGUUCCGGGGUGGAGGUUUAGCAGUUCCGGCGCAGUUUUGAUGGUAAUUCAGAUGUAAUUACACGAAGCCUCUCACUGGGGGAGUGUUGAUAUAUGCGGAAGGUGACCUUGUGCUGGGUGAGGAGCUGUCAGCGUUGCGACUAUGGGCAAGGACUCUUGACCUUGAUGACUACAGGUACUGAUCGAGGGGUCAAGGGUCAAGGAGGUGUGUGUAGCCCCCAGGGAGGAGGGGGACCAUCGCGUGGCACUGUCAACGCAUGUCACGUAUGUUGGUCUCAUGCAUGGUGCUGUCAAUCACCCGCCUUGCACAUUCCUGCCGGGGUUCCUGCACCUCUUGUUCUAACAUAUAUGUUCUACCUUACUCAUGUGUCACUGACACACCUGUUGCUCUUACAUCUGUCUCUCUGUCUCUGUCUGUCUGUCUCUCUCUCUCUCUCUCUCUCUCUCUCUCUCUCUCUCUCUCUCUC